AUGAGCUUCUUUUCGUUUGGCGAUUUCCCCGCCAUUCAGACCCGCAAGGCUUUGCUGCUUCUGGACUUUCAAAACGACUUUGUCCGCCCCGCUGGCGCCCUCCAUGUUCCCAACACGGCUGAUAUCCUGGAAAUCCUCCCGCCAUUAGCUGCAGCGUUUCGCCGCUCUGGCGAUGUGAUUUGGGUGCGCUCGCAGUAUGAAUCUCCACAGCCGACAGAAGAUUGGAACUUUGGGGAUCGUGUCGUCUUGGAGAAGGGCCCGCCGAAGCCAGCACCCAUGCCCACCUCUGAUGUGAUCGAGGUCUCGUCGGACCGAGACUCACCAGAGCCUGUGGAUAGCGAGGCUUUCCUGUCCGGUCGAUCGGCUAAAUGCUGCGCCGCGCAAUCGCCUGGAUUUCAAUUCCCCGCACCAGUCCUCGCUGCUAUCGAUGCCAAUCGUGAUACCGUGCUUGACAAGACGGGGUACUCCGCACUGGAGUCGGAUGGUCUCGUGCUAUCGUUUCGCACGCGCUUUGUGACCGAGAUCUAUUUAUGCGGCUCGCUAUCGAAUGUCUCCGUCUAUGCGACGGCCCUCGAUGCCGUGCGCAACGGCUUCUCGGUAACACUCGUCGAAGAUUGCCUGGGGUAUCGGGACUUCCAGCGGCACCAAGAAGCUAUGCGCCGCAUGGCAGACAUUCUGGGAGCAGCGGGGAUCACGGCACAAGAGUUGAACCAAGAGCUGGAGUGGCAGGAAACCGAUGAUAUCGCCCGACAAAACAGGACGCAGCCACCCAGACGAACGACCACUACGGGUGCUCCCGUGGGCAUCGAGGAUAUCAUGGACAGUUUGGAUGUCAUGCCCGUGGACUCCAUUCCAGAGGAGGCUACGGAUGAAGAUAACUACAGUUUGACGCAAAUUGCCGCGCAAACGCGAGCGCAGAGGCUCGCAGCCGCCUCAAAUCGAGUGCCGGUUGAAGCGAAGAAGCACCAAGUUCGUGCACGAGUGCGUCGCCCCAAGCGUCGCGAACCUACACCUGAUGUAGGCACUGGAGAAGAACCUGCCAAAGAGGCCUCUGAUGACAGGCUUGGAGAAGGUGAUUCCCGCAUUAUUCCAGAGAUCGAUCUGCCUUCUGACGCCUUUGAACGUAUUCGGGCGGAGGUGUCCUGGCAGAAGAUGUACCACAUGUCCGGCCAGGUGCCUCGACUUGUGGCUGUCCAAGGUCAUAUCAAGCCCGAUAGCUCCAUUCCUAUCUACCGGCACCCCGCAGACGAAACUCCACCAUUGAAACCCUUCACGCCGGCCGUUGACCAAGCGCGCAUCCUGGUCGAGCAAAUCCUCGGCCAUCCUCUCAACCAUGUCCUUAUCCAACUUUACCGUGACGGAUCAGAUUCAAUUUCCGAGCAUUCUGACAAGACUCUCGAUAUCGUUCGUGGGUCCUUCAUCUGUAAUGUCAGCCUGGGUGCGGAGCGUGUCAUGACGCUUCGUACGAAAAAGUCAGCCUUCGAGUCUUCUGAAGGGGCCGAAUCAGGUCGUCUCAAACAACAAAUCCCACUGCCUCAUCGAUCUCUCUUCAUUCUGGGUGAAAGGACCAAUAUGCGCUGGCUGCAUGGCAUCCGACCUGACAAACGCGCCGCAUCCAUCAAAUCCCCAGCGGAACAAGCCUUUGGUGGCGAGCGCAUCUCCCUGACUUUCCGACACAUUGGCACAUAUCUCAACCAAAACACGAAUACCAUCUGGGGACAAGGCGCCGUCAGUAAAUCACCUGAUACGGCGCGGCCUGUGAUUCAUGGUGAACCCACAGAAACCGAGCGACUCAUCCGCGCGUUCGGUCAGGAGAAUCGGGCGACUGAGUUUGACUGGGAUGCCUUUUAUGGAGCUGGGUUUGAUGUGGUGAACUUUGUCACUACAUCUUCAUCACAAUUAGUGCUCAGUGGAGACCCGGUUGCGGAUCUACGAGUGCAGCUAGCCUUGGGUGAAAAUGGUCUUCGAUAUGAAAUCGUCGACAGCUCCGAGCCCCACACUGGUGACAAUUUAAACCAACGACCACUGUAUAUAGACUCGGAUGGAAGGACGAUUGCCGGGAAUGUGGCCAUCUUGAUGCAAUUGGCCGAGCGACCAGCGGACUCAAUACGGCCGGGGGUGGAACCUCUGCGAGGUGGCAAUGAACUUGAAUGGAUUGAAGGUUUCCUCGGAAGAUGGCGUGAGCAUCGUGCCAGCAACCCUGGUGCGCCAUUCGAAACCAACCUGGAUGACUGCGAACGUGCACUAGAAGGAAGGCAUUAUCUUGGAGGCUCGGCGUUCAGCAUCGAUGAUUGCUCCCUCUGGCCAGUGCUGCGCGAGAUUAGAAACGAGGCAUCGUGA